UCUCUCAUUCUCAUAGCAUGCACCCGCACCAACCAACGGACAGAUCCCCUCCUUUCAAUCCACACCGUCCGAUCAAACUCAAUCAACGCACCACACCCGUCCCUUCACCACAAGAGUAACUCUAGAUCAUUAUUUAUCUCUCUAUGAUAUUUUUCAUUAUUAUUUCUUAUUCAAUUUCCGUUCCCCUGAAUCAAUCUUACAUCUCCGAUCCAAAAUUCAAUCACUACUAUAAAAUGGAAGAGGAUGUUCCAGAUAGAAAGAAAUGGGAGGACAUGGACAUUGACAUACUGGUGAAGAUAUUUCAAACGUUCGACAUAUUUGAGUUGACGUCUGGCAUUGCGCGAGUCUGUAGCACAUGGCGGUAUGCUGCGUGUGACCCUUUGUUGUGGGGAACGCUUGAUCUGUCGAUGCUGAAGUCAAAUUUUAUUAAAAUCCCAUUAGAACCUUAUGUUUAUGUGGAUGAGCGGUCGGAUAAAACGCUGACAAGAGUGCUGAAGAUUUCUCUAAAUCUUAGCCGUGGAAACAUCUCGACGUUGAUUUUCCAUUUUAAUCUAUACGUCCGUGAUGAUCAGUUGACGUACAUCGCUGAAAGGUGCCCAAAGCUCAAACGACUGGUUUUGCCAGCAUGGAACCGGAUAAAGAGAACCGUUAUAUGCAAAGCCAUAAACAUGUGGCGAGAUCUUGAAUCCCUUACUAUGCCUAGCAUAGCCAAUCCUCCUUGCAUCAUGGAGGAAAUAUCCAACAAUUGUAAGAACUUUUCAGAACUCAAAAUUAUGGGCCCGUGUGACAUGUUCUUCGCGCAUACACUUGCAAGUUGCUUGCCAAACUUAAAAGUCUUGAGCCUUCGUUGCUCGAUGCUCUUCAAGGAUGCUCUAUUAAUAAUCUUAGACGGGUUAAAACAUCUUGAAGUGCUUAAUAUUUCCCAUUGCAUCAUUGUAGAAGUCCCGCCACCACCCGCCCCUAGAAAAGUGCUUAAGGAGCUCGAUGAAUCGAUUAUUGAAAAGGCGUCUAGAAUACGCGAGUUCGUGACUUGUAUGGAUGAUUUAUGUGUAAUGUGUAGGAGAACAAGGCUUGAUGAAGGAUUUUUGAGGUGGUAUAAGUAUGAAGAAGGGAUUUGGAAAGAAGAUGAAGUAAGGUCUCUUGCAAUUUGAGUUUAUUAAAAAGUUUAGUGUAGUGGCAAGGUUACCCCUUGUUCUUUAUCUUUCUUUUCAUUUUAAACCCUUUUCUUUUUUAGUUGUAUAUUACCAAGAAUGUAGAGAAGUGAGACAGGAAAGUUUUGUAUAAAGUAUUAGAUGCUAAUUACAAUAGUAGUAUGUUGCUUGAUUAUCUUGAAUAAUCAAUAUCGCAUUGUAAAUAUAAACGCGAUCAUCUUGAUGUUUA